AGGAUGGCGGCCGCGAUGGGACCGUCCCCUCUGGCGCGUUCGCGAGCCGUGAGCGAGCUCUGCCAGAACUCCGGAGACACCUUUUUAGAGGCCUCCCGUUUGCUGCUUACCUAUGCGGAUAAUAUCCUCAGCCACCCAGAUGAAGAAAAAUAUCGAUCUAUUCGGAUUGGAAAUCAAGCAUUUUCCACUAAAUUGUUGCCUGUCAGAGGAGCUGUUGAAUGUUUGUUUGAAAUGGGGUUUGAGGAGGGGGAAACGCACCUUGUUUUUCCAAUGGAAGCUUCAAUUGAUAAGCUGCGCAAAAUUCGAGACCUAAUUGCUGGGGAACGAACUAGUAGAUUAAAUGGAUCAAAUCAAAUCAAAAGGUCAGGAUCCUCUGAGGUGGUAACAAAUGUGGAGCCUGAAGUCCCUCAACCAUCAAGAAAUGAUGAUUCUAAUGUAGCCCCCACCCACAGGACACUACAGUCAUCAGCUGCUGAGUCUGCUGUCAUGACAGAUGAACCCGUUUUCUUAAAGACGCUUCAAUCAAACUUUCAGCAUGCAAUGAUAUAUGAAAACCCUGGUUUACAAAAGAAGGCAUUGGCUUGUAUCCCAAUCUGGGAACUGAAAAAGAAAGCUCAAGAUAGUCUAACACAAGCAAGAAAGAUCGAUGGAGGGACCCUUGUGAAUGAACCAGAUUUUCUGUUGCUGGAGCUCCUGAACUGGUUUAAAUGUGAUUUUUUCCAGUGGGUAAACAACCUUCCUUGCAGCAAGUGUGAAGGCCCGACAGAACCCAAAGGUAACUUGACACCUAGUGAGGAUGAUCUGAGAUGGGAUGCGAGUCGAGUUGAAAAUCACUUCUGCAACCAGUGCCAGUUGAGCAACAGGUUUCCGAGGUACAAUAAUCCUGAAAAACUGCUGGAAACUAGGCGUGGGCGCUGUGGAGAGUGGGCCAACUGCUUUACCCUCUGUUGCAGAGCUGUAGGUUUUGAAGCAAGAUACGUUUGGGAUGCAACAGAUCACGUGUGGACAGAAGUUUAUUCUUCGUUACAGCAGAGGUGGCUUCACUGUGACCCUUGUGAAAAUGUCUGUGAUAAACCCCUUCUGUAUGAGAUUGGAUGGGGGAAAAAACUCUCCUACAUUAUUGCAUUCUCAAAAGAUGAGGUUGUUGAUGUAACCUGGAGAUAUUCUUGUAAGCAUGAAGAACUGCUUUCUAGAAGGACACAGGUCGAAGAAGCAGUGCUACGUGAAACCAUCAAUAACCUUAACAAAAUGAGACAGCAAUCUUUAACUGAAGGCAGAAGAAGGGAGCUCUUAGAGAGGAUCAUUGUGGAGCUUGUGGAAUUUAUUUCUCCAAAAACUCCAAAGCCAGGAGAACUUGGUGGAAGGAUGUCAGGCUCCGUGGCAUGGAGAGCAGCCAGAGGUGAAAUUGCCUUAGAGAACAAGGAAGUUGUAUUUAUUCCAACUGGAAAAGAGAAGACCUCUAAGCUUCUCCACCUCAGAUAUAAUAUAGUGAAAGAUUGUUACAUACGAAUAUCCAAUAAUAAUGAAAAGAUUAAUGGUUGGGAGAAAGGCAUAUGGAAGAUGGAAUCAGUAUGGAGAAAGGUUGAAUCAGACUGGAAAAUGGUUUAUUUAGCCCGAAAAGAAGGAUCGUUGUCUGGUUACAUCAGCUGGAAGUUUGAGUGUGGUUCUGUUGGUCUAAAAAUAGAAAACGUUUCUGUCAGAACGAGCAGUCAGACGUUUCAGAGUGGGAAAGUGAGGUGGAUGCUGUGCUCUGGAAACACAGAAGUUGAUGUAAAUGAAGAUAAAAACCUUCACUCUUACCCAGAUAUUUCCAACGUAACAGAUGUUAUUUUGAAAGCAGAACUAAGUGGAGGGGAUGGUGAUAUUGCAUGGCAACACACACAGCUGUUUAGACAAAGUUUAAAUGAUGGAGAAGAUUGUUUUGAGAUCAUUAUAAAAUUCAAUGAACUUUGAAUAUU